UCAGGGAGGACAAAGUAGGAGACAUUGAUUUGAACCUAAAUUCACAAUAAAGAAUUUCUUGUCUUUCACAAAUACACCCUCUUGCCAAUUACUACUACUACUACUUAACUUAACUCCUUCCCUAUAAAAAGACACCAACUAGACCAUUUCUUAUGCAACUUCAAACUUUCAUACUUUUUAUACUUUUAACCAUUGAAUAUGGCUAUUGUUCCAAACAAACGUCUUCUUCUUAUUGCAUUUUUGUUGCUUUUCUUCAUCUCAACUAUAGCUCAAGCUAGAAACUUGAGAGAGAUUAAAGAAGGAGGUGAAAAGGGUCAAAGUAGUGAGUUUAAGCCAAACCAUGAAGGGACACAAACACAAGUGAAAAAUGAUGAUUUGUUGGAUACAAUGGACUACACACCUGCAUCGAAGAAUCCACCAAUCCAUAAUUAAAGUUCCAUUAGUUUUUUUCUUCUUCUUAUAGAACAAUUUUUGGUAGAAAAAAAAAGCACAAAUCAUAGUGCUUAAUAUUACCCUACAAAUCUAUCUAUAAGCUUCAAUGUAUAGAUAUAUUUUGAACUUUGAAGAUAGGGAUAAUGAAAUCCACACAUAAAUCAGAGGUUUUUGUGGAGGAGAAAGCACUAGUUUAGUUGUUGCUCAAUCAUAUAUUUAGAAUUCAUCACUUGUAAAUAGAUAGUUUUUGAAGUUAUGCUGAAAAUUUCUUAGUCACCAAAAACUCAUGCUCAAUAUGUUUACCUUACCUUAUCCUUAUCUAGUAUGAAAAGUUUUCAAUUAGUUGCUUAGUCAAACACUAAUUGCAUCUAGAUGAGUAAAAUAAUAAGAGAUGCAAUAAAAUUUAUAUACUUUUUGUGUGUUUUUUUUCU